ACUGACGAAUUUGACAGAACUAGAGAACUAACUGACGAAAUAAAUGAAGAAUUCGACUAUACUAUCGAGUCUGACCAAUUUGGUGAUUUGGAUGAAACUAAGUCUCGUGCUAUGUCAGACGUUACUCCCAUUAACUCAGCUAUAUUUGCCUCUAAAGAAGUUCUACCUGCUCUGGGAAAUACGGCGAAAGAAGUUAACUUUAACGACCCCCAAAAUGCUUUACAAACUAUCAAUGAUUGGGUAGCACAGCAAACUAAACGCAAAAUAAAGAAUUUCAUCGAUAGAGUUGAAGCAAACAUGAAAAUGAUCUUGAUCUCUACGGCCUCCUAUGAAGUAGAGUGGAAAUAUAAAUUUAAUCCGAAAUUGACGAAGAAGGAGAACUUCUAUACGAGCCUAACUCAAACUACUCCCGUCGAUAUGAUGAGCAUACGCGGUAGAUUUUAUCGCAGAUAUAUCAAAAGUAUAGACGCCGACGUUUUACAACUGCCAUUUGCAAAAAACGAAAUUAAAAUGACAAUUCUAUUGCCAAGGAAAACUAAUGGCAUAGACAAGCUUCUUGAGAGUUUGACGACGCUCGAGCUGAAAGAUUUAAAGUUUAAAGGAAAGCCAACUAAACUAAUCGAUGUAAAACUGCCCAAGUUCGAAGUAGACUUCAAAGUUGAUCUGAAGAAAUCGAUGCAGGGCCUGGGCGUUCACGAUUUGUUCAGCAACGCGAAUUUUCCAAAUAUAACCAAUCACGGGGUAAUGAAAGUGAAUGUUAUAGUACAAAACGUCGCAGUCGAAGUAUCUGAACGUGGCGCCUUGUUUGCGUUUGCUGCAAGAGCACCCUCGCCAACUUCCAAAUUUAUAGUAGACCAUCCAUUUGUGUUUCUCAUCCGCCGAGGCAACGAUGUCUUUUUCGCAGGACGUGUCAACUUCGCCGAUAAUUAGGAGAUUGUCGAAAUAAUAUCGGGAACAGUUACUGAAGCUUUGCCUUUGCUCCUAGAACAUUUCAGCAACUGUUUAACCUAUCAACCCGAACAGCUGAUCGAUUAUCUAGCUUUAG